UUCUUAGGACCUUUACAUGAAGGUAUCUAUGCAGAAGAUUUUUACUUGUUGGAAAGGAUAACAUUUAGUAAUUUGGUAGAAAAAAUUACAGACAUUGUUGCAAAUAUGGAAAUUGACACAAAGAACAUGAGUGACCUUGUUAUGAAAAUCGAUGCCCUUGUGUCCUCUUUGCCUAAGCGUGCAUCUCGUUAUGAUGUUACAUUUCUUAAAGAGAAUCACAGCAUUAUAAAGAUGAAUCCUCAAGAGAAUGAUAUGAUCUUUGAAGUUAUUGCUAUUGUUGAUCCACUCACAAGAGAAGCACAGAAGAUGGCACAGUUGUUGGUUGUACUUGGCAAGAUUAUCAACAUGAAGAUAAAAUUGUUCAUGAACUGUAGGGAUAAGCUUUCAGAAGCCCCUUUAGAGAGCUUUUACCGUUUUGUUCUGGAACCAGAACUGAUAUUAGGGGCUAAUGAUAUGUCUUCUCUUGGACCAGUGGCAAAAUUCUUGGAUAUUCCUGAAUCACCCCUCCUAACCCUCAACAUGAUUACUCCAGAAGGCUGGUUGGUUGAAAUAGUACACAGCAACUGUGAUCUUGAUAAUAUUCACUUAAAGGAUAUUGAGAAAACUGUUACAGCAGAAUAUGAACUAGAAUAUCUACUACUCGAAGGACAUUGUUUUGAUACAAGGACAGAACAACCUCCUCGGGGUCUGCAGUUUACACUAGGCACAAAAAAUAAACCUGUUAUGUUUGAUACAAUAGUGAUGGUCAAUCUUGGAUAUUUUCAAUUAAAAGCAAACCCAGGAACUUGGAUAUUAAAGUUACGCCAAGGAAGAUCUGAAGAUAUUUAUCAAAUAGUUGGGCAUGAAGGAACGGAUUCUCAACCAGACCUACAACAUGUCAUUGUUGUAUUAAACAGCUUCAAAAGCAAUAUACUGGAAGUACAAGUGCACAAAAAACCAGACAAAAUUAAGGAAGAUAUCCUUUCCGAUAAAGAUGAAAGAAAAGGGAUAUGGGAUUCCAUUAAAAGUUUCACACUGAGGUUGCAUGAAGAAGACAAAAAGGAAAAAGAUGUCCUAAACAUUUUUUCAGUUGCUUCUGGCCUUUUAUACGAACGAUUUUUAAGGAUUAUGAUGCUUUCUGUUUUACGUAACACCAAAACACCAGUGAAAUUCUGGUUUCUAAAAAAUUAUCUCUCACCAACAUUUAAAGAAGUAAUUCCUCACAUGGCUAAGGAAUAUGGAUUCCAAUAUGAACUAGUUCAAUAUAAAUGGCCCCAUUGGCUUCAUCAACAGACUGAAAAACAAAGGAUUAUUUGGGGUUACAAAAUUCUUUUUCUUGAUGUCCUUUUUCCAUUAGCAGUGGACAAAAUCAUUUUUGUUGAUGCUGACCAGAUUGUGAGACAUGACCUAAAAGAACUCCGAGAUUUUGAUCUGGAUGGAGCUCCUUAUGGGUACACUCCGUUUUGUGAUAGCCGCACUGAUAUGGAUGGUUAUCGUUUUUGGAAAACAGGAUACUGGGCAUCACAUCUUUCAAGAAGAAAAUACCAUAUCAGUGCCUUAUAUGUAGUGGAUCUCAAGAAGUUCAGGAGAAUUGCAGCAGGUGACAGGCUCAGGGGCCAGUACCAAGUUCUCAGUCAAGAUCCCAACAGUCUUUCAAACCUAGAUCAGGAUCUUCCCAAUAACAUGAUUUACCAAGUUGCCAUUAAGUCUCUUCCUCAAGACUGGCUGUGGUGUGAAACCUGGUGUGAUGAUGAAUCCAAACAAAGAGCCAAAACAAUUGAUCUGUGUAAUAAUCCCAAAACAAAAGAACCCAAACUAAAAGCUGCUGCCAGGAUUGUCCCAGAAUGGGUGGAGUAUGAUACGGAGAUAAAGCAACUAUUAGAUCAUCUUGAAAAUGAGAAGAAAAAUGCAAUUUUGACACAUGAUGAACUCUAGCACUGUUUACGUGAGAAGGAAACGUGGAUGCAUGACAAGGAAUCUGCUGCCUGCUGGGGACAUGUGGAACCAAUGCUGAGACUUUUUGAAGUUUUGUUAAGAUCAGUGACAUAUUCUUCAAUUUUUAAAAAAUCUUAAUUAUUUAAGAGACAUGUGCUUAAUGUAUUGAAUGAGUCUAAGUUAUAUUUAAGUACUUAAAUAUAAAUAUAAAAUAAAUAUAUUCGAGUAUUUA